GGUCCGCGUAUGCCCGAACAUGUGAGAAUUCCUGUAUUGCACGCACGACGCAUGCUCCCACAUUCUCCCUCUGAUCGAAACAUGUGGCAGCCCGGCUAGAAUGCGCCUCCAUUGUUGCGCCAUUCGUUCUCACAAACGUCCCCCCUCGUGAAGCUCAAGCGCAUACUCCCCACCCGUUUGCCCACCAAACCACCCCAGCAUGGCGCAAGAUUCCGAGCCGCCCGAGUCGCACUUGGAAGCGCCCACAGCCUCUGAUGUAGAAGCUCUCGAGCUCUUCCGCCGCUCGCCGCACCCGUACCACCGCCGCCAGCACGAGCUGCGCACUUCUCAGCCAUCUUCCCAAUCGUCGAGCAACGACCUGUCGCGCACGACCGGGCCAACGUCACUAGGCACACCGUCAGAAGAGGGCGAAAAGAAGCGGAGAAGAGUGUCACGAUCUCCAAGCGAGAGCGGCACAGAGGCUGACGAUGAGGGCUACGGCUUCGUCAAGGCAUUGCCAGCACCGCCUCUGAGGCCGCGCAAAGGACUACGCGAUGCGCGCGGAUCAGGGCUGGAGGGCGAUGCAACGCCCUUGCUAACACCCUCCCAGGUGGACGAGGAAGGCCGCAAGCUCUCCAUGCAAUACUUCCAGCCAAGCAAAGAGGGGUCGCGGACUGGAGAGCCUUCGCCAACCGAUGACGAAGCGAAAGCAGCGCGCCAGAAGUACUUGAAGAGACGCCGCAACGAGAUCGUAAGGAGGACGACCGAGACAGCAUUGCUCGGGGUCAUAGGCAUGCUGGCGGUUGGCGGGUGCAAGUGCUGGGAGAAGCUGUUGCGCUGGCACAGAGUAGAUCUAUCCACUCAUGUCCUCAUCAUGGGUAGCAUCCUCGCUAUCUAUCCGCUCCGACUCCUGUUUUAUUCGUGGCAAAAACAGCCGCCUUCGAACCUCCGUUUCAGACAGCGCAUUCGCAUACCAGCCGCUUUCGAUCCUGCUCCCAUAUUAUACCCCGCUGUGUUACCAGUUUUGAUUUCCAUAUCUUUAUUUUCGGCAUUACCAAGGGCGUUGCUACCCAACAUUCUGCUCGGCUUAGCAGCAUUGCCGCCCCAAUUAAUACCCUGCGGAGUCUCGCCGGGGGGCUAUUCGAGUGUCCACUGGUUCAUCUCCAUACUACCCUUAAUCGCCUCUGAGAAUUCGGACUUCCCUUCCAAAAACCUGGCACCACUACCUCAUAAGAUCAAGCUACCCCCAUCCGAACAGGGGCUGCAUCCAGAGUUGCUGGUGUGCCUGUUCCCCCUUCACCAGGCACUUUUGCCGCCAUUACACUACCUCACAACGACAAGUCUACUUCCUGCAGAGCUGCACCUUCUCGCUAUCGGAUUGAUCAACCUCCUGCUAUUUACGGGCUCGCCCCAAGCCGGUAUACUGAGAACUUUGAUAUGGGUUGGAGGUCUCACUCUCUUCGUGCUUUGCGGCAAAGUCCUCAAAUGGGGAGUGGCAUUGGCACGCAUCCCGCGGUGGAGAUUUCGACGCGUGGGUCGUGUCAUUCAGGCGCAGCAAUCGUUCCUACAAGUGCUCAAUAAGAGCCUUCGUACACGCAGUGCCACUCGAGCAGCGUCCGACAGCGAUGCUGAUGAGGAUGAGCCUUUGUUACAAAAUUCUCUGACCAAGACUAAGAGCUUGAGGUUAGACAUAUUGAAUGCUCUCAGGAACAACAACAGAACGCCGAAUGGCAACGAAGCUCGGUCAGCAGUCGAGCCUAACAAGACAGAAUACCUACAUCGUGACAGGCAACAAAAUUCACCCCCAUCUGCUUCAACUUCACGAAGGCGUAACACAGUCCCCAGUCUGCCUGUGCAACUUCCCAUAUUACCAAAUGGGCUUCGACAACGCCGACGCACAAAAUCCAUAGCGCAACACUUCCUCACACUCACGCCCACACAAGCACUUUACCGGAAGUGGAUCUAUGCCGCAUACUUCUACUUUGUUGUAGCUGCCCUCAUUCUCGGUCCAGUCCGCUACAUCAUCGGCAAAUACGCCCUUUACGAUCACGAGCCCUUUGGUUGGGCACUCGGCUACCUCUUCGGCAACAUACAACGCCUACGCUUCGAAGUCUUCAACUGGGAUCUGGGCUGGUGGAUUGCGCUCCCUCCGCUCUUUGACGCCAACGACGACCAAUGGUCCUAUCGACUCCCGCUCGCCGAGACCUUCCGCCAAACCAUCCUCGGACCCGCUAACGUCCGUCUCCUCCUCUGUGCCUAUUGCGUCAGCAUCAUCCUGGUAGGACUCAUCGUUGUCUUCCGCCUCUCCUCCGUCGUCGAAGUCGACACCCGCCGCAAAGUCUUCCACGGCAUGAUGGUCGCCAUGCUAUUCCCAACCAUCUUCAUAGACCCCUGCUUCGUCGCGCUCGCGCUCGCGCUCGUCCUCGCCAUCUUCCUCCUCCUCGACCUCAUCCGUGCGAGCCAAUUACCGCCGCUGAGCGGGCCCAUCGCUACGUUCCUCACGCCGUACGUGGACGGCAGGGAUCUUAGGGGCCCCGUGGUGGUUAGUCACAUCUUUCUCCUGAUUGGGUGUGCGAUUCCACUAUGGCUGAGUCUCGCGGGCGUGGAUAGAAAGGGCGAAGAGCCCUGGGUGGGUUGGGACGUCGAGAAGAGAGAUGUCAGCAUGAUCGCGGGCGUCGUGUGCGUUGGGAUGGGAGACGCGGCCGCGUCGCUCAUUGGGCGGCGGUAUGGACGCAGGAAAUGGCCCUGGGCAGGCGGCAAGUCGCUCGAGGGUAGUCUGGCGUUUGCGGUGGCGGUCACGAUUGGGCUUGUCGCAGGAAAAAUCUGGCUCGUUGUUGGGUGGGGAGGUGCUGCGUCUGAUAGGAGUCUGCUAGAGCGGGCGCUGGAGGGCACGAAGAUGGUGGGGAAAGCGAGCAUCUGCGCCGCAGGUGCGAGUCUGGAAGAGGCGGUGCUGACGGGUGGGAAUGACAAUGUUGUUGUGCCCGUGGUGUUGUGGGUGCUGGUUAGAGGGGCCAAUCUCUAGGAUGACCAGUAAAUGAAAAAGAUUUUCUACUCUGUAUUUCUACAGCUUUGAGAGCAA